UUCUGCUCUCAGUUCUCCAGCCAGGGGUGGUGGAGGUGUCACAGGGGAAGGAGUCUGUCCUGCUGCCCUUUAAAAUCACAGCUGACCUUCCUCAGGAGGUGAGGGUGGAGUGGACACACAACUACAUGAAGGUCCAUGUGUAUGAGAGUGGAAACAAUCAGCCAGAUAAUCAGGACCAGGUUUACAAAGGUCGCACAGAGAUGAACAAUGACCCGCUGAAAACUAAAGACUUCAGUCUGACCCUGAAAGACCUCCACCUCACUAACAGUGGAGUUUACACCUGCACCGUCUACAACAAGGAUGGAGACAUCCUGCUACAGAAAGUAAUAAUUCUCAGUGUCAGAGCUCUCCAGCCAGAGGUGGUGGGCGUGACACAGGGCAUGAAGUCUGUCCUGCUGCCCUUUAAAACCACACCCAACCUUCCUGAGUACAUCACAGUGGAAUGGAGACUCACUGCAUACAAACACAUGAAGGUCCACGCGUAUGAGAGUGGAAGAGAUCAACCAGACAAUCUGGACCAGGACCAGGUUUACAGAGGUCGCACAGAGAUGAAGGAAGACUCAUUGAGAACUGGAGACUUCAGUCUGACCCUGAAAGACCUCCAACUCACUGACAGUGGAGUCUACACCUGCACCGUCUACAACAAGGAUGGACUCAUGCUGCUACAGAAAUCAGUGACUCUCAGAGUCAGAGAGUACCAGGUGGAGAUGGUGGAGGUGACACAGGGGAAGGAGUCUGUCCUGCUGCCCUUUAAAGCUACAGCUGACCUUCCUCAGGACAUCACCGUGAAGUGGAGACUCACUGAACCCAAACACAUGAUGGUCCAUGCGUAUGAGAGUGGAAGCAAUCAGCCAGACAAACAGGACGAGGAAUACAGAGGUCGCACAGAGACGAAUGAAGAUCCACUGAGAACUGGAGACCUCAGUCUGACCCUGAAAGACCUCCGCCUCACUGACAGUGGAGUCUACACCUGCACCAUCUACAACAAGGAUGGACUCAUGCUGACACAGAAAUCAGUGACUCUCAGUGUGAGAGGCCUGCAUUCUUCUAGAAGGGAAGAGGUGCCAGGCCGGUGUCCCUCUGCAGAUCUUCACUGCUUUGUCUGUGAAAGACAGCUUUAUAGAAGUGACCCCAUCAUAAAACCCCCACGGUGUGCUGCAAACUCUGUGUCUGUAUGUGUAUGCACAAGCACGUGAGUGAGUGUAUGCGCAUACCUGUGCGUAUGUGUGUGCACGUGAGUGAGUGUGCAUGUAGGUGCAUCAUAACAGUCAAAGCACUAUGUGUGUGUGUCUCUGUGCACGUGACUUCCUGCCGGUCAUAAAAGUAAUCUCCUCACCCAAGCUACACCAAAUUCUUUUAGACAACAUACAAAACAGAGUUAACAAACUGCAAACACUGAGACUCCCACUCUGCAUCCACUGGGCCAUUGGCCUCUUGUUGUCUUACAUUUACAGAUCAGGUGGAGAGUCUCCUGCAAACCUGCUUCUAAGUUAUGGCAAUUAUGAGUUUUUAUUAAAGGUACAAGCAUCAGCAACCCCCCAACUGUAGCUUCCUGACUCUUUUUAUGACACCAGACCAUAAAUUCCUUUCUCUCUACACAAUUACACACGCUCUCAGGCUACAGCUAAGCCAAACUGAAACACAGAGACAAAUCCUUUCCUAUUCCUGUGAUCUAAACAAAUUUAACACAUUACAUUCUAAUAAUUAUUUUCUUGUACUCACACCUGCUAAUAUGGGCUCAAAUUGUGGUCAUAAUUAUUUUGUACUA